GGGUUGGUCAGCCAAAGUUUUCUUUGGACUUCACUUCCCAGAGUUCCUGUGUGUUCACCCAGGUGACUGAGGCUUCUGGGAGUUGAAGUCCAAAAUAUCUACAGGGCACAUUUUAAAGCAGCGGUGGACCUCCAGAUUUUUUUUUAAGACUUCAUUUGCCAGAAUUCCUGACCAUUCACCCAGGUGACUGAAGUUUCUGGGAGUUGGAGUCCAAAAACCUUAAUAACUCCAGAUGUAAAGUAAUGGUGUUCCUCCAGGUUUUUAGACUUCACUUCCCAGAAUUCCUGACCAUUCACCAAAGUGACAGACUUCUGGGAGUUGAAGUCCAAACUAUCUAGAGGACUAGCAUUUUAAAGCGAUGGUGGCCCUCCAGGGUUUCAAGACUUCACUUCCCAACAUUCCUAGCCAUUCACCUAGGGCACUUCCACAACAACCACUGCAGAGGUAACAUCCACUACGGGAACAAAAAACCGAUCUGCAAACUCUUCACAGGAGAAGAAAAAAUGCAAUGUUCCCUGUGAUUUUCAAGCUAAAAUGUUAAGUGAAGAAAAGAAAUACAUGUGCCGAAAUUUGCAGAAUUCACUAGUUGAAUAUGCAAGAAGUACCAAGAAAAUGAUACGCAACAUGAUGGAUGAUCAUCAGUCUUCUCUGGAUUAUCUGUCCAGUCAGGUCAAUGAACUUAUGAGUCGGGUCAUGGCUUUAAAUGCAGACAUGUCUAGAAAGCCAAUUGAUGUAUUUCCUCAUCGGGCUGUUCAGUCUCAUGGUUUGGAUUGCAGUGAUAUUAAAGAUACGAUUGGCUCUGUUACAAAAACUCCAAGUGGUCUCUACAUAAUCCAUCCAGAAGGAUCAAGUUAUCCCUUUGAGGUACUAUGUGAGAUGGAUUUUAGAGGUGGAGGAUGGACAGUGAUUCAGAAGAGAACAGAGGGGACAGUUGAAUUUCAGAGGUCAUGGUCUGACUAUCUGGAUGGCUUUGGUGAUCUUUCAGGGGAAUUUUGGCUUGGGCUCCGAAAGAUUUUCCACAUAGUAAACCAGAAAACAGACAGUUUCAUGCUUUAUGUGGGCUUGGAGUCUGAAGAUGACACGUACGCAUAUGCAUCAUAUGACAGCUUUUGGUUAGAAGAUGAAGUCUGCUCCUUUAAAAUACAUCUCGGACGUUAUUCUGGAAAUGCUGGCGAUGCAUUUCGGGGCUACAGAAAAGAAGACAAUCAGAAUACACUACCCUUUAGUACCUUUGAUGUGGACAAUGACGGUUGUAAUCCAGUCUGUUCUUAUCAAGAGGAACCGAUAAAGAGCUGCAGUAACUUUAGUGAGAAAACAGGCUGGUGGUUCAGUCAAUGUGGCCUUGCAAAUCUCAAUGGCAUUCAUCGGUUCACAAGAAAAAUGCUUUCAACCGGGAUUCGGUGGGAUACUUGGACAAUGGACGACAAGCCAAUAAAAAUUAAAUCUGUUUCAAUGAAGAUCAGAAGAACGUAUUUCAAGUAACAGAACAAUGUCAUGAUUGAAACACAGAAUGUUUUCGCAUAGCAGUUCAUUUAUAUUAGAAGAAAUGUUAGAAGCAUUUUGCACAUCACAUUACUUUGCAGUGGCCCUUUCAAGUACAAUGUAAUUAAUGCUUCCAUAGUGAUGUAGCUUGUGAUGUUUUCAUUACAUGUCUGGAUGACAGCAAUUGCCUGAUCUCAAGAACUUUAGCUUCCUCAUGUUGCAAAUCUCUUUUUUCCUCCUUAGAAUAGACCAAUAUGUUCGUAAAUAGUUUUAGUUAUAUUAAUUUAGACCAUCAUUUCUUAUUUAAGAAAGGGGACUUUCAUGUAGGCAAUUAUUGUCCACAAGACGUUUUGAUCUUCAGCUCCCAGAAUCCAAACCACUUUGGCUGAUCAUCAAGAUUUCUGAGUGCUGCAGUCAAAAACAAAGUUUGAGACCUACUCAUGUAAUCAAAAUUGAUUAGAUAUUACUUCAGAAACCAUUGAAGUAAACCAUCAUAAAGGAACUAUACAGCAGGACAGCAGUUGUAUCAUGACCAAAAUUUAUUUAUUUAUUUACCAUAUUUGUUGCCCCCCUUUCCCAACCCCGAACGGGACUCAAGGUGGAUUACACAGGCACUUGUUCAGUACCUACAAAACACAUAUCCAUCAUAUUAAAAUUUUACAAAAUGAAGUUAAACAAUAAUAUUAAAAACUUAAUAAUCAAUUAAAAUCAUGCCAUCUAA